AUGGUCUUGGAAAAAGUACACAAUCAGGGAGGGCACCCCUCUAUUUCGAAGACGAGGAAGCUUUUGCAGUCACGAUUCUUCUGGAAAGGAAUGUACGAGGACGUGCGCGACUUCAUCAAGUCCUGCGUCGCCUGCCAAUUCGCCAACCAACCCACAACAGAGCGAACGGACGGCCGAAAGCUGACGAGCACAGAGGUGGACCUACCCCUUGAGAAAGUCGGCUUCGACUUGCUCGGGCCAUUCCCACCAACGACAGAGGGAUACGAGUACGUCUACAUUUGGUACGACUACUUCUCCGGCUGGAUUGGUGCAGGGUUGGGAAGGACCAAGCAGUCUGCGGAGGUCGCGAAGUUCCUUAAAAUGGAUCUCUUUGCAGCCCACGCCUGCCCGGCGCUUAUAAUCAUGGACAACGACGCACACGUUGGGGAGGUGAAAGACCUUUGCCAACGAAUGGGGACUCAAGUGCAGGUGAUCGUCCCCUACUCUCCCUGGAUGAACGGAGGAGCGGAAUCAUCGCCGGUCCUGCCAGCGGAGCGACUGCUCGCGGCACGGUUCCGGAUAAGCCAAUCCUCUACCUCUGAAGGGGAAGAGAGGGCGGAGCGCGAGUUCGACGCCGCAGUGCAGGGAAUUUGCGAGAUCCGGCGUGUCGACAUCCUCCUGAGACAAGCGCACCAAGCAAAUAUGCGCGCGACCGCCGCUGCGAACAGGGACAUCUCGCAGGUCCGAGCGGAAGCCGCUUACCAAAGGCGCUAG